AUGACACCAUUCGAAGCCCUUUAUGGGAGGAAAUGUAGGUCUCCCAUAGUGUGGUUUGAAGCUGGAGAAGUGUAUCUAUUAGGGGUAGACUUAGUGAGGGAUACUCAUGAUAUGGUAAAGAGCAUCCAAACUAUGCUUCUAGUAGCUCAAAAUCAUCAAAACGAGUAUGUUGAUCGUAAUGUAAGGGAUAUGACAUUCGAAGUUGGUGAGAAGGUGCUUCUAAAGGUGUCACCCACUAAAGGGGUAAUGGUGUUUGGUAAAAUAGGCAAACUCAGUCCUCGCUAUAUUAGUCCUUUUGAGAUUCUUAACUAUGUAGGGAUGAUGGCGUACAGAUUGGCCUUACCACCUAGCUUGUCUAGGGUACAUCCGAUAUUUUAUGUGUCAAUGCUGAAAAAGUACCAUGGGGCUGGGGACUUCAUCAUUAAAUGGGAUUCGGUAUUGUUAGACAAGGAUCUUUGGUAUGAGGAAGAGCCAGUUUCAAUCUUUGAUCGUGAUGUCCGGAAGUUGAGGACUAAAGAGUUCAACAUGGUUAAAGUGCAAUGGAAACAUCAUUCAGUAGAAGAAGCCACUUGGGAGACUGAGAAGGACAUGCGAGACAAGUAUCCUCAGUUGAUCAUCGAAAUAGGUACUACUCUAUCUCUACUUUAG